AUGGUCCAGCCCGCGCCCGGCGGCGGGCCUCGCGCUUCUGCCUCAAAUAAGAAGCGCAAGGCGGAGAUGGAGGAAGAGGUUCUCCAAAUAGAAGGCGCUUCUGAUGUCCAGGAGGGCCGGAAGCGCAUUCGGUCAGUUUCAACAGCCUGGCCUUACGAAUCCGAUGCUAAGAUCUACAGCUUGGACUAUGGCAAGACCAUCGAAGUGACAGUGUUUAGAAACAAGCAAGGAAUCAGCCCGGUUGUCAAAGAGGUAUUCCGAGUCGAUGAAGCCCUGCUCUUUCGAGGGUCGCCCUACAUUCGGCGGCGAAUUACCAUCCAAGGAGACAAGACCAACUACGAGAUUUUUGACGGGGACCCAGCCGACUUCAAGUUUUAUUUGAACUGGAUCUACGGCAAAGCCCUUUCUGUGGUACCUGUCGAAGAUGGAGGAGGUAGUCUGUUCAGAGAGCAACGUAGCAGGCUCGGCCAAGACGAUCAGCCCGACGCUGGUGUCUCCAGCCUCUGCGAUUUGCUACGUUUUGCAUUCUUAGCUAUUCGGGAUUUCGGUUUCAUUUUUCAGGUGCUGCGUGUGCUCGGGGAACGUGCCUUGACUGCUCUCCCAGGAUCUGUCUCGAUCAGUGUUGCCGAUGGUGUGUUCAUUUGGGGCUUGCGACAUCGUCCAGGGGCACGCUUCAUUCGGAGACGCAUCCCUGAAUGGAUGGCUCCAGGCCUGACACGAGAAGAAAUUGAGCAGUCAGGUCAGUUUCUGAAAAGCGACUUGCUCAAAGCUUUGCGUGAGCUUCUACCCCAUACGAAGCUCACAAUUCGGAUCGGGGCGGGCGAGAACGCACAGACGUUGACUGUGGAUCGAAGUCUUGCUAUCAGACGCUCUACACUACUUUCCACGGUGCUCAAGGCAGGAGGUAGCAUGCCAUCUGAAUUGCCGCCCGCGCAAAUAACCUUGGAUGAGUCUGGCACUGCAACUCUUUCUGGUGAGUACAGUGCAAAUCUUCUAAGAGACUGGGCGGAAACUUUGACGGAAGAGGGAAAAGAGCUGAAAUCCCUUCUCUCACGUUAUAACAACCUCAAGAUCGACCAAGUUCAAGCCGAUGAAUGCAAACGUGCGCUUUGCGCCCUGUGGAUUCUUGCAGAAGCGCUUGGUGAUCGCAUGCUACAGAAGACGAUCAUCACCGCUCUUCUCACAGAUUCCAACGGCGAGAUUCUGAGAACUCGAUGGGUUACACCUGAGAUAAUCGCCAUGGUUUAUGAAAGGCUUCCCUCAAGCAGUGGCCUACGGCGCCUCAUCGUGAGCAUAAUCUCUUCCAGCAUUGUCAGACAGGGCAUGAAGAGCAACACCCCGGCAAUACCAACCGCACUGCUUAUGGAAAUCCUUAUCAAGACACGAGAGAUCAGUGGCAUUGACAAAGGCCACAAGCACCUGAAGCUCGCUACCUACCGAUGCCGAUCAGUUUUGUAA